GGACUGCAACCACAGGAACCGAUGACUGUCUCGAUGUCACCUCCGAGGACCAGAGGAGGAAACUCCAAACCCCGUGGACAUGGUCUAGCCCGCUCUCCGUUCCGUGGGCUACAAGUCAACUCAUUGGACACUUCAGCAAUUAGGGAUUUUUGUGUGAUCUACAUGUGCGUGAAAUGAACAGACCAGUAUUAGAAAGCGGAUAUCGGGGAUUAUUACAAUUAGGGGAACGAGCGACUCAAAGCGGAGCGGCAGCGCGCAGGACGCGCUCGUACGGACAACACGCACGUGUUGCGCUUUGGUUUCUAUUCGCCUCUCUGCGCACUGAAAUGGUUUGAACACUCCUCUUCCAUCCGAGGAUACAGGCUGAGGGACUCUGCGUGUUGUAGCAUUUGGAGAAGAGCUGUGGUGAAGAUGCAGCGGGGGGCAGUGUCGCAUCUGUGGCUGCUGGUCCUCACCGUGCUGUGGGUGUCCGUCCGUGGGUUUCCCACGCAGGUCAGGAAGACUUCAGCCAGAGGGAGAAACACCACGGCGUCUGUUCCUGAGGUGAUAGCAGAGCCUAGUCAAGACGACGGCCACCAGACUCUCCAGGAGCUCCAGCAGGAGAAUCUGCUGCAGACUCUUCCCUCUGGUCCGUCGCUCCAUAGACCCAGACAUCGCUGGUCCCAGGACCUUCACCCCGGUGUCCUCCCACCACCAGAACCUGAGGAGGCCACUGACCGUUUCGUCCUGGACCUGAGGAACUUCCCAGAGCUGGCCAAUGCAGACAUGGGCUCACAGAACCCCAACAUCCAGGUGACCAUCGAGGUGGUUGACGACAAACAGACGGAGACGGAAGUGGAGAUGGACCUGGUGAAGGAGGGCCAGCGUAACGACUGGUCGGUGUCGUCCUCAGAAUGGGCCAAUAGCCACAAGAAGCUGUUCUGGCCACUGUUCUGGGAGUACCCAGAACAGGCGGAGAACGGGCUGGAGAGAGCCAGUUUGGAGGAACAAUCGGAGGACUACAUCUACGACCCCGAGGAGCCCGUUCUGAGUGGAGUGGGGGGGGACUGGGGCGGUCACUGGAACAAAGACUGGGAUACAAAGGAUAACUAUGAGUACGAGGAGGAGUGGAGUGACUGGGCUCCCUGCAGCAUCACCUGUGGACACGGCACCCAGAAACGCACCCGUUCAUGUGGCUACGCGUGCACGGCGACUGAGUCACGCACGUGUGACCUGGAGAACUGUGCCGACACUGCCAAUUCAGUGACUGAACUGACACCCAUCCAGACGACCAACAGCACCGACUCCCUGGACACAAAUGUAGACAGCUGUGAGAAGUGGCUGAGCUGCAAGAACGACUUCCUCCAAAAGUACCUGCACCAAGUGCUCACAGAGCUCCCCAGCUGCCCAUGUUCCUACCCCUCUGAGGCUGUUUACAGUGCCGUCAACAUCCAGGACGAAAAACUGCGCAAGACCUAUCGCUGGAGGGACGCGAGCGGACCCAAAGAACGCCUGGACAUCUACAAACCUUCAGCCAGAUUCUGCAUUCGCUCAAUGCUGUCGUAUGAAAGCACAACGUUGGCGGCGCAGCACUGCUGCUACGACGAUCAGAUGAGACUGAUCACGCGAGGGAAAGGAGCAGGAGCGCCAAAUUUAAUCAGUACAGAGUUCUCACCAGAGCUGCAUUACAAGGUGGAUGUAUUGCCCUGGAUUCUGUGCAAGGGGGACUGGAGUAGGUUUCACUCAGUAAGGCCGCCCAAUAAUGGGCUGGACUGUUCAGAUAACCCCCCCGAACAAGUGUUUCAGAUGGAACUUAAAGAGGCCAGGGAGUACUGACGGUGUCAAAACAAGAAGGGAGGACAACAUGGACACGAUGAUGGUAGCUGCUUGUUCAAAUCCUCAUUCCUCUUGUCUACUUUCUCCAUUCUGCUCAAGCACAGAAAAACUGAACUGCUACAUGUAUACAGAAUUUCUGUGGCGCCAGCUGAAGUAUUUUGGUGUAGUUGCAAGCUUUGUCGGCCUCCAGCAUCAAUUGACACUUCGGCUUUAAAAUACAAUAUAUGAAAACAUGAAUGGAAGGCAUGGACAACCAAAAAUGGCUCAAACGUUUUUUUAUAGUCUUAAUCAGACUUUGUUCACAGCAACACAAAUGAAACAACACCGAUGUUGGAACCAUUGGAAGGAAAAUGAAAAUCAGUGUUUUAAAGCAUGUUAACAGCUAAUGUAUGUUCCUGUGUGUUGCUGCUACUCUGUUGGGAUGAGCUGAAGUGAAUGUCUCUGAUGGCAGUGGCGUGAGUGUGUGUGUGUGUGUGUGUGUGUAAGUACAGAGGAUGAGCUUAUUUAUUGGCCCCUGAACUAUUUUAAUCAGAUCUAGUUUCCCAGGGAAAGGGAUUCCUGAUUCGCUGGUAAGCAGGAAAUAAAGUCAAAUGGACCUUUGUACUAUACAUGCUUUAUUUCCUAAUCUUUACAAAUAUUAUGACAUACUUAUUGCCAGGGCAUGUCCGGGAGUUUUUUCCUGUCCACAUCUUCAGUUUCAUGGAAAACAUACAUAUGUUCUAUGAAAUGCAGAGGGAAACUUUGAGGCGUGUUAAGCCCCAUUCGGACUCAACGAUACAAUUAUCUAAGAAUUCUGAGAACAGGUGUUUCUUUUCUGCUGUGUUUUUCUGAUUUAAAGAGAUACCUCAAAGUCCUGUGGAACAUCUCACCUGCUUAGAGUUCAGUUGCUGCAGGAUUUGGAGUAUGUCAUUUGGAAAACAGAGCAGAAUUUCUUUUCACAUGACAAUAUUUCUCAGAAUUCUGAGAUAGUUAAUUAACGGAAAAAAAUCUUUUUUUUUUUGUUAAUUAAUUAUCCAAAGAAAGUCCAUAUGAUUUUCUUUGGUGAAAGGUUUAACAUUCCUACAGCAUUCAUGCUAAGCUGAGGACAUUUGAACGUAGACUUGCAAAUGUCAAAAGGGGAUUUUGUUCACAUACCAUUUUGAAAUGAUUUUCAAGUUUGUCAUUCACACUGAUAUGCCAAAACAAAUAAAAUAUUUUUACUUCUC